AAAAAAAGCCUCUAUCCGCGUAUAAUAUGUUUAUGAGAACUGAACUUCCUAAAAUCAAAGCCGAGAAGCCUGGCCUCGAUCACAAAGAAGCUUUUAAACUUGUCGCUAAAGCCUGGGCCUUGUCAGCCGAAAAUCCCAAGAACAAAAAGCAAGAAUGA